AUGUCUCCAAGAGCAAAAGGUCGCCGAGUGCGCACAAGGUCUCAAGCCAGUUGUGCAUCCGAGGGUGUACAGCAUCGCUCGCAGUCGCCAGAUUCGUCAAGCUCCGACUCGAACCAAACAAGUAUACGGAAACGGGGCUGCAGUAAAGUUACAUCUUCGCCUGUCCAACGAGCUGCUCGUCAACGAGACACUGGGAAUAAUCAAGGCAGCCAGUCCCGACGCCACGAUGUUCAAUUCUGCGCCCAGCGAUGCUUACUCGGGCUGCAGGCUGGGGGUAUCCUAGACGAUUGUUGCCCUAACGUGAAGCUCCACCGUCAGGGUCAAGAUGACCUCAAACAUCCCAUCACAUCAGAGGAUUUGGUUUGCUUACUCAAGUCACAGCUGGACGAAAAUAUUGCUCGCUGCAUGCCCUUUGGAAAGUUUGGGGCAUACAGUGCGCUGUUCAAACUUACAUGUGCAACAUAUGGUUACACUGUCGUCGGGAAAGGAACCACGUCAGAACUGUGGAAAGAAGUCUCCUGCGAAGCGCAGGUAUAUCAAAUCUUGCGGAAGGCUUAA